GUGCAAUUGAGCAACUCAGCAACUUCGUUUCAGUUUCUUCAACACUCAGUACAGUUAGUUUGGUGUGUUUAAGUGAGAAGCAUGGCGGAGACCAGUGUAAACACAGCCAAAGUCACGUUUGACAAACCUAAGGUUGAACUGCACGUGCAUCUUGAUGGUGCCAUCCGGAUCGAGACCGUACUUGAUGUGGCCAAGAGGCGAGGUAUCAAACUCCCUGCACCUACACUGCCUGGGAUGACCAGCCUGUGCACAAUGGCUAAGCCGGGAAGUCUCACUGAAUUUUUGGACAAGUUCAAUCAGUACAUGCAUGUCAUUGCGGGGGACAAAGAGGCUAUUAAGAGAAUCGCCUAUGAGUUUGUGGAGACCAAAGCUAAAGAGGGAGUGAUUUACGUGGAGGUGAGGUACAGUCCACAUCUUAUGGCCAACUGCAACGUGGAGCCAAUCGGAUGGGACCAGGAAGAAGGUGACGUGACCCCAGAUGAUGUGGUGCGUCUUGUGAAUGAGGGCCUGAAGGAGGGAGAGAACAAAUUCAAGAUCAAAGCCAGGUCCAUUUUGUGCUGCAUGCGGCACAUGCCAAACUGGUCCAUGGAAGUGGCGGAGUUGUGUAAGAAGUAUCGGAACGAUGGCGUAGUAGCCAUAGAUUUAGCAGGAGAUGAGUCUCUAAACUGUUUAGCCUGUCCUGGCCACCGCAAAGCCUAUGAGGAAGCAGAGAAAUGUGGCAUCCACAGAACAGUGCAUGCAGGAGAGGCUGGCCCUCCAUCUGUUGUGAGAGAGGCGGUCGAGGUGCUGAAAGCCGAGCGGAUCGGACAUGGUUAUCAUACAGUCGACGACGAAGUUCUGUACAAACAGCUGCUUAAACAGAACAUGCACUUUGAGACAUGUCCAAUCUCCAGUAUAAUGACAGGAGCUUGUGAUCCAGACUUCACUAAGCAUCCACUCAUCAGGUUCAAAGAAGACAAAGCAAACUACUCUUUGAACACUGAUGAUCCUAUAAUUUUGAAAAACACACUGGAUGAUGACUACCGGGUUGCGAAGCAGUUCAUGGGCUUUACUGAGGAAGAGUUUAUGCAGCUGAACAUAAAUGCAGCCAAGUCAUGCUUCUUGCCCGAAAAGGAGAAGAAGGACUUACUGAAUCAGCUCUAUGAGGCGUACGGCAUGAUCAAUGACGCCAGCUUCUAGUCACAGAUCAGCUAACCCCCAAGCGGACCGAGCCUUUCCAGGACAACCCCACAGGAACUCAAUCUCAUAACUAAGCUCCCUAACUAACAGAGAGCAUUCCCUUCUUCUUUGUUUACCAUACAGUAAUUAAAUAGCAUAUAUUUUAGUAAGUAGCAUAUUUUAAUAAAAUCUUUUGCAUACUGACAUGUGAAGGAAACACCUCAGGUAACGAACCUAAACACAUGUAAAACACAGUGAAUAUUAACUAUAUAAAGCAAUGAAACACGAAUCCUUGUGGCUGCAGUGCAGACACCUUUACAGCCCAUUACAGCUCUUUACCAGGUCAGAACAUGACCAUAAAUCUCUCAUAGUGCAAAAUAAAUAUAAAAUCAAAAGCUGGAAUUAAAAUCUAGAGAUUUUUUAAAUGUAAAAAGAAAAAAAAAUGUUUAGGAAUUAUUGGCACCCUUCAUAAAGCUUAUGUUGAUGGUGCAUCAGUGAUGUUUGAGGGAUGUUUGGUGAAACCAGAGAUAAAAUUGCAGUAUUUUAAAAAGAAUGUACCCUUAGCUUAAAAUAUACUGCAUUCUUUUUGUAUUUUUUUUUAAAAUACAUUCUUUUUUUUUAUAUAAAGGGUGCCAACAUUUUUAGAGGGUAGUUUACGCCAUUACAUGUGAUUAACCUGUUGUAGUUAAUAAUAAUAAUACUAAUACAUUUUAGAAAUUUUGAAUGAUAACAUUUCUUAAUGUUCUUAUAAAAAACAAAUUAGAUAUUUGUUCUGUAUUUGCUCUUUUCUAAUAUUGUUAAUGUUUGUAAAUCUGUUUUAACACAACACACGCACAUUUUACCAAUAUGACUAAAGAUAUGUGUUUUGAAAUACGUGUUUAUAAUAUUUCGAGUACAUUAAUAAAUCAGACAGUGUGUGGGCCGGUCCUUGUUCACAACAGUGUUGGUGUGUGUUGCAUAAAGAGCUGCAUUAUUGCACUAAAUAGGAUUUGGCCCUCAGUUUUUCUAUCUCUUGAUCUUGAUCUAGAUAUAUAAGGGGCGUUUAAGUGAAACCUAGGUUAGUGAUGGCGUUUCUCCUUACAGAACAGUGAUGAGAUUUAGCUGCAGUUAAACCCAUGAAUGGUGCAAACAUUUUAAAGAAGGAUGUACAAAAAUAAUUAAUGAUCUGCACCACAAAUGCAGAAAGAUUUCUACGAGGUGGCUCAGAGCACACUGGAGUCGUUCCCGUGAGUUAAGUGCAUAAUCCUUGAUAAUCCACCUUGUCACCAAACAAAAGAGAUGCAUCUGUCUGUGGGAACUGUGCACACAAUCAUUCACCAACACCACUUGCACACACAUUACAAUUGGCAAAUAUUGCCACAUCCACUGUACAGUCCUGACCUCACUCCAAGCCAGUUCCACAUCUUUUGCGCAUUAAAGGAGUUCCUGUGAGGCCAGCGUUUCAGAUGAGAUGCAGGCAGUCUGAACAUGGCUCUGGCUUACUGAGAAAUCUUUCUACAUUUGUGGUAUCCAAGCACAAAUAAUGCUCUGCUAUACUAAUAAGUGUAUUAGGAUAGCAAAGCAUUAUAUAUAGAAAUAAAGGGAGUUUUCACUGUGUCCUUUCUAUUCCGCACAAUCAAAAAUCCUGGUUUGACUUGAACGUCCCUUGUAGAAUUGCUGUAAUUAGCAUUUGUGAAUAAUUGAUAAGGAUUAAUACAGGACAUGCAUUUUUUACAAUAUGCCUGUUUUUUUCCUGCAAGAGCUUAUUUUACCAGGGAUUACUUUAUCAACUGACUUUUCAUAAAAAAGGUUUCAGACCAAUUAAAUGUGACAUUAAGCCAUUUUGUCAGGAGACACUUGACACUGAGUCAGAGUAAUACACAGUUUUGCAAUGUGUGGGGUGAUUAACAAUGUUUCAUUAAAUUCACUUGAUUUACUCUUUUUGCUAUUAACAUGUGUUACAUAUUAAGAUUCCUUAAACCAUGUUAUCAGGAUUAGAUUUAUGUAUUUCUUAUAUCUAUAUAUAAUAAUAUAAUCCUGCAUUUAUUCUUAUGAAACACCUUUUGUCUGCUUCUUGUGCAGUCAUAUCAGGGGGCUGUCAAACUUUUGCUAUCACCGAACUCUUUAACCUGCAAUCUCUACCGUGAAUACCCUUAGUAAAAUUUAUUUCAGUAAUAUUUUGUACAGUAAUUUCUAUUUGAAAGAAAUAGAGCCUUCCAUUUCUUAUCUUAAAAAUUAA